CCAGCGGCAAGUUUGCCAGCGCCAUGCAAGUGCUGGGCUACUGCCCGGAGCUGUCCUACAACAUGGCGCUGUGUUCCUACGCGGCCAAGCAGUACCACGCUGCCCUCAAGUACAUAUCCGACAUCAUCAAGCGCGGCAUCCACCAGCACCCGGAGCUCAACGUGGGCAUGACCACCGAGGGCAUCGACGUGCGCAGCGUGGGCAACACGCUGCUCCUGCACCGCACGGCCCUGGUGGAGGCCUUCAACCUCAAGGCGGCCAUCGAGUACCAGCUGCGCAACGUGCGGGCGGCGCAGGAGGCGCUCACGGAUAUGCCACCGAGGGCCGAGGAGGAGCUGGAUCCCGUCACGCUGCACAACCAGGCACUCAUGAACAUGGACAGCCAGCCCACUGAUGGGUUUGGGAAGCUGCAGUUUCUUCUCCUGCAGAACCCAUGUCCGCCAGAAACUUUUGGUAACUUGCUGCUUCUCUAUUGCAAGCAUCAAUACUAUGACCUGGCAGCUGAUGUGCUGGCAGAGAAUGCCCAUCUGACGUACAAACUGCUCACACCUUAUCUGUACAACUUCUUGGAUGCCAUUAUUACUUGUCAAACUGCCCCUGAGGAGGCUUUCCACAAGCUAGAUGACUCAGCAGGAACAAUGACUGAGCAGCUGAGAAAACUCACAAAACAGGUACAAGAAGCUAGGCAAAAUUGGGAUGAUGAAGCUAUAAAAAAGGCAAUUAAUGAAUAUGAUGAGAUUCUGGAUAAAUAUAUACCUGUCUUGAUGGCCCAGGCAAAGAUUUACUGGGACAUGAAGAACUACACAAUGGUAGAAAAGAUCUUCCACAAAUCAGUGGAGUUCUGCAAGGAACACGAGGUGUGGAAGCUCAAUGUGGCUCACGUGCUCUUCAUGCAGGAGAACAAGUAUAAAGAGGCUAUUAGCUUCUAUGAGCCAAUAGUUAAAAAGCACUACGACAACAUUCUCGAUGUCAGUGCCAUUGUGUUAGCAAACCUCUGUGUUUCUUACAUCCUGACAAGCCAGAAUGAGGAUGCAGAGGAACUAAUGAGGAAGAUUGAGAAGGCAGAAGAGCAGCUGUCUUAUGAAUACCCUGAUAAAAACACCUACCAUCUUUGCAUUGUCAAUCUAGUCAUUGGUACCCUGUACUGUGUGAAGGGAAACUACGACUUUGGUAUUUCAAGGAUCAUUAAAAGCCUGGAGCCCUAUAACAAAAAGCUGAGCACAGACACGUGGUACUACGCUAAGCGGUGUUUCCUGUCCUUGCUGGAGAACAUGUCCAAGCACAUGAUCAUGCUGCGGGACAGCGCCAUCCAGGAGUGCCUGCAGUUUCUGAAGCAGUGUGAACAGUAUGGAAGAAACAUCCCAGCUGUCAUUGAGCAACCUCUGGAAGACAGUGGGAUGCACAAUGGGAAAAACACAGUCACCUAUGAAGCCAGGCUUUUGAGGGCACUGAUGUAUAAGAUCACUGGGUGGGCUGAGUAAAUGUUGUUAUCAUACAGCAGAAAUGAGAACUUUGUUCUUUUCUUGUGCUUGUGAGGUAAUGCUAACCCUCACAAAAAUCUCUAAGGAUUUUUUGCUGUAUUUUAACAAUGUUCAGUAGAAAAUAGAAUAUUUUCAUGAAAUUAAGCUGUACCAGAUAAUUAGGAGCAUUCUCAGUAACCAGUCACAUUAAAUACAACUUAAGAUGUGUUGACCAAGAAUGUCAUUAUGGAAAUACCAUAGAGUUUUCACCCAUAAGAUACUCUAUCCUUCUUAAUACUUUAUCCUUCUUAAAAUUAGAGCAAGUUUCUUUUCAUUGGUUGACAUUUGAAAAAACUUGUUAUCUGUCUCUUCUAGGACAGAAUUUGAAGAAGCUGUUGUUUUAAUUCUCUAAUUUGUGUCUAUGUGUGAAACAUUUCUUCUGCUUUUUGUAAGGUAUUUUUAAUGUUGCAGAUCACGUCAGUAGUCUAUUUAAACACAAGAAAUGGCUUUAUAUUAAAAAAUCAGUUCUACAAACACAAA